UGAGGUGAACGAAGUCAUCACCGACAGCCGUUGCGUACCAUGCUUGCAACAAAGCAGUUGACAGUGUCGGCGUUGAAGCGCUCAUCUUUGACCGCGACAGCUGUCGCUGCGCGCUCCGUUCAGCCUCGUGCAACCUUUGCAACUGCUGCCCCUGACCCAUCACCUAACCGCACGUACGGAAACCUCAGCGAUGAAGACCGCAUAUUCACUAACCUUUACGGAAAGCACGACUUUCGCUUAGCGGGUGCACUCAAGCGUGGUGACUGGUACAAGACCAAGGAAAUUAUCUUGAAAGGCCAUGACUGGAUCAUUAACGAGAUGAAGACAUCAGGCUUGCGUGGACGAGGUGGGGCUGGCUUCCCCUCUGGCCUCAAGUGGUCAUUCAUGAACAAGCCAGGGGGUCCAGAUGGCCGUCCACGAUACUUGGUGGUAAAUGCAGAUGAAGGAGAACCGGGUACCUGCAAGGACCGCGAGAUUAUGCGCCACGACCCUCACAAGCUUAUUGAAGGUUGCUUAGUGGCUGGUCGCGCGAUGAGCGCCAACGCAGCCUACAUCUAUAUCCGUGGUGAAUUCUACAACGAAGCCUCCAAUCUUCAGGAAGCUAUCAAUGAGGCUUACAAAGCGGGCUUGAUUGGCAAGAAUGCAUGCGGCUCUGGUUACGAUUUCGAUGUAUAUGUGCACCGUGGUGCUGGAGCUUAUAUUUGCGGAGAGGAAACAGCUCUUAUUGAAUCCAUUGAAGGAAAGCAGGGAAAACCUCGUUUGAAGCCUCCAUUUCCUGCCGACGUGGGAUUGUUCGGUUGUCCCACAACUGUGGCGAAUGUGGAAACUGUGGCUGUGGCGCCGACUAUCUUGCGUCGUGGAGGUUCAUGGUUUGCAGGUCUCGGCCGUGCCCGUAACAGCGGCACUAAGCUGUUCUGUAUUUCCGGUCAUGUGAACAAACCUUGCACUGUGGAAGAGGAGAUGUCUAUUCCCCUCCGAGACCUCAUUGACAAGCAUUGCGGCGGUGUUCGCGGUGGAUGGGAUAAUCUUUUAGGUAUCAUUCCUGGCGGUUCUUCUGUUCCUGUUCUGCCAAAGAAGAUCUGCGAGGAAGUUUUGAUGGACUUUGAUUCUCUUCGUGAUGCGCAGUCUGGGUUGGGCACUGCAGCGGUGAUUGUCAUGGACAAGAGUACCGAUAUGGUGCAGGCGAUCUCAAGGCUAAGUGCGUUUUACAAGCAUGAGAGUUGUGGACAAUGUACACCAUGUCGUGAGGGUACGGGUUGGUUGGCCAACAUGAUGGCACGAUUCGAAACCGGUAACGCGAAGAAGGCUGAGAUUGACAUGAUCGAGGAGCUUAGUAGGCAGAUUGAGGGGCAUACCAUUUGUGCAUUGGGAGACGCAGCGGCUUGGCCUGUGCAAGGUCUCAUCCGCCAUUUCCGCCCGGAGAUUGAAAAGAAGAUUGAUGAGUUCCACGCGCGUCGGCGGCUUGAAGAGCCUGUGGCGGCACAAGCUUGAGAGGGGAUAUGAAGAGUGGAUAGAGUUGUCAUCGCAAAAUACAUUAUGAAUAUUGUAUCAUCCGUUGCUCGGAUUGCCUGUCAAUGACGUGCUAGCCAUGCCAGAGACCAGUAUUUUUUAGCC